AUGGACUUUUCAUAAACUGCCAGUCUUUAACUUUCUGUCUACUUAAACUCAGGUUUAUUGAGCUGACUGUCUGUGACAGGCCAGAACUGCUGGUUUGUGGGAUUUAUCCAAGGGACAAGCCUGUGGCUCAUGUUCAGGAAGGUGACUGUGACAUGGGAGGUCUUUGUUGCAGUCUCAAACACUUGCUCUUGUUGUAUGUUCUAGAUCUGGUGGGGGGGGCCGAGAUUACAAACCAAAACGCCAUGCAGUGGCCUUGGAGGCUUCUGGAGUGUGCAGUUGCUUGCAUGUUGUGCCCUCAGAAAUGGUGCCACCAAGGUGUGGGGUGAUACAUCUGCACUGCAUGGUGCUUCUGGACCAAGGAGCAUUUAGAUUGUUGCCCUCUCAGAGGGAGCUGUGCAGAGCUCGAAUUUUGCAGGCAGGCAGGUGAGGUGUUUGCAUGUUGGGGAUGAUGGUGAUGAGCUGGAAGUGUCAGGGUUAUCCAAAGCAGCUCUGGCUUUUUAUCCUGCUUGUUUGUAUUCAGUGUUCUGUCUCUGCCUUGAUGUGUGUGAUGAAGAUCUAUCACUGGGGAUGUGAUUCUCAUCCCAACCUGUGCCCUUUAUUUGCUCAUCCCUAAGGGAAUGUUUCUAUCCCUCUCUAUUACCAGCCCUUCAUUUUCCUUGGCACUCUCAUUCUCUUGCUCGACUCUCCUUCCAACAAGCAUUUAUCUCUGUGUCUUUCCCUUCUGAUGCAGUUUCUAGCGCUUUCUUGACCCUUUUCCAGGUUCUUGCUGAGAAUUCCUGUGAUGUCACUGCGGUCAGCCAGCUGCAUUGGCUGUGGCUGGUCCUGCUUAUGAGGACAUAAAACGCUGCUUGGCUGCCACUCACACGUGCACAGUAUAAUCCUUUGAACAGCUGCAUGUUAGUCUGGGCUUUCCAAAGCUAAAGUGUUUGAACACUUUUCUGCAUCUCCAAAGGAUUAUGCAGGGGAGUGUUUGGAGGCUGGAAGUGCCCUGGUUUUUCAGCUGUUUUCAGUGUUUGAAGCUGUGAUAGUGUGUCAUGCAUCAGAAACAGAGGCUUGAAGGGAAGGGAGCUGGGACUCUGAAAUCCCUUUGCUGCAUGCACCGUGACAGUGAAUUUAAUAAUUCCGGUUGAGGACAGAAAGUCUAACUACACCCAGGCACACGCUGGAGAGCGUUGCAGACAGCCUGCAUCAGUAGGGAAGUCUAAACUUCGCCAAGAGCAGACCAGGUGGCACAGGAAACAGCCCAGUGUGAGCCUAAUGUGUAGUUCACGGACACUCUACAGCAGCUAUAUACCUGGGGGUGGGUGUCUGUGGUUAGCUGAUCAGCACCACUGCCUAAGUGGAAACAGAAAAUGGCAUUGGAACUAAUGUUCCUUGUUUUGGAUGUACUUGCUCUUUUUUGCUGUGGAUUGCACAGAGGCUGCAGGGUGAGGUCACGCUGUGCUGGACGCCAAGGGGACCAUGCAGAUGAGCAGAACUACAAUGUACUGACUGUGAGCAGCUUCCAACAGAGUCCUUGCCUUCAUGGUUGCUGGGAGAGGGCCUUUCCUCUUCUAGGUGAUUGAUGCUGGCCUGCAUCAAGCAAGUGUAGCACACCAUGUUUCCCUGGGAGGAAGUAAGCACUGUUUUCUUGAAACAGCAUGACCAAAACGAAGUCAAAAUGCAUCCAUGGCAAGCUGAGGCUGGGUAUGGACUCUGAGACUCUCUGAGUCUGAGAGACUGUUGCAAGGCCUCAGGACAGGACUUUGUAGUAGUUCUGCAGGUAGAGGCAGAAAGCAAAAUGGGCAUUUGGGGACUUGUUUCACUAUUGUUUAAAAUAUCUUGGUUUUUCACACUAAGAAUACAGAAGCUUUUCUUAGAAAAUGAAGGGAGGGAUCCAGCAUUGUGAGCUAUAAACUACAGGAUGAGUUUAUUUUUUCUCUCCUUGACUUGGACUCAGUUUUGGAUAUUUGGAGAUCUCAGAGUUUCUCUUUCCAAACUAGAUUUUUUUUUUUUUUCCCCUCCCAGUCUGAAGUUUGAACUGGUGUCUCUCUUCUCUCUCCCAGUCUAAUUUACUCUGGUUAGUUUAUGCUUCUGCCUGCUCUUAGUUCCAGCCUUUCCUACAAUAGAGAAAUGGUCUCGGUUACUGACUCUUGUCCUCUUGGAAGCACUCUGGGCAUGUCUCAGUGAGUGACACCUGGGCACACAAGCCAUGAGGUAAACUAAGCCCUGAAGGAAAUGAGCACAGCACCAAACCAGGGCAGGCGAGUGGGUCUCCACAAAGUGUGUACGUUAUCUUUCUCGGGUGGUAAAAUGACGCAUUAAUCUGUGCUGAGGCUUAUCAAAUUCAUGGCUUAUCAGCACAGUUCAUGUCAUGCAUGUAAACAGCAGGACCUCCACCUCUCCAGUCCCAGUCUUGUUCUCUCUCCAGCUCCAACUGUAGCAGCUGUUUCCUGGAACCUGUCUUUGUGCCAUCUUUGUUGUCUCCCGGGUGCCGGGCCUGGGACAGAGGGGCCCAGAGCUGCCAUGACGACAGGUGACUGCUGCCACCUCCCUGGCUCCCUCUGUGACUGUCCGGGCAGUGCUGCCCUCUCCAAGUCGGUGGAGGAGUCGGACAUGGGCCGCCCGCAGUACAUCACCCAGGUCACGGCCAAGGACGGCCGGCUCCUCUCCACCGUGAUCAAGGCGCUGGGUGCCCAGAGUGAUGGUCCCAUCUGUCGAAUCUGUCAUGAAGGUGGAAAUGGGGAGGGACUGCUUUCCCCAUGUGACUGCACAGGAACACUGGGCACCGUGCACAAGAGCUGCCUGGAAAAAUGGUUAUCCUCCUCCAACACAAGUUACUGUGAGCUCUGCCACACAGAAUUUGUUGUAGAAAGAAGACCAAGACCCUUGACAGAGGCCUUGCUCCUUCCUGCUGCUCUGUGCUCCUCCCAGUUGAAGGAGAAAACAGGACAGGGCUCAGCUGGUCCUGAUGUUCUUCUCUGUACUGACCACAGGGGAUCAGUCCAUCAGCCUCCCAGAGCUGGAACAUACAACGUGGGCUCUGGCUGCCUGGGGAAACUUAGAGCUGGUCACAGUGGCUGCAGCGGUCACCGGUCAGCACAGCUCAUCUCUGGGAAGGGACCAUCAGCUUCAUUAAGAAUGGGCUUUGUCAUGUGGUUUUGAGAUCCUUCAGAAGGAGAGGGCCUGAGGCUGAUUUUGGGCUGCAGGAGACAUUUUGGUGAGUACUGGGGGGAAGCUACAUGGCCAAGUUGAAAUGCUUCUGUGUAAACUUCCUGAUUUCUUAGAAGUCAGGAAAUGCCAUGACCAAAAUUGUCUUAGUUUUUACUUCAGGCCUCUUGUCUAUCUGUGUUACAGUGUGGUCUUCAUGGUCACAGGCUGUGUCUUCCAGAAGGACUGCAUGGAUGGAAGAUGCUCACUAGCUAACUGUAUUAAUCCUGCCGUGUCCCUGCUCACCAAGACCAAACUAUUCCUUUUCUCACGAGCUUUUCUGGGGUACUUAUUGCAAGCACUUGACAAACAGUAAUUGAAUUUUGCAGCCUCUUUUACAGAGGACAGGUGUCAACUUUGUCCAGUAUGGAUUAAAGAUAAUUUGUUAAUAGAAUUAUAUUUUUGUUUUCUUUAAGCAUCCAUUGAUUUAUGUUGUGGUCUGUUCAUUGUAAAAACAGUAACAGUAUUGACUGCCAGUGUGCCUAAUCUCUGAACAUAGAGUGGGGAACUCAUCUGAACCCAGAGCCAGCUCUGGCAACCACAGGCUGUAGGGGAAAUACCUCCUG